GACUUGCAGGAAGGCCACUGGUUGUGUUGUUAGUGAUGAAGGGGAGUCGCCUUUCGGAGAACUGACGCCCACCGGGAGCUCUGCGGCUGCAUGGAGCCAGUGUGCACGGUGGCAUGUGGCUGGGAUUAGGAAAUUUCACUGUGGAUUAAAAUCUUUUCAACGCCUCCUUGGCUACCCGCUAAAAGAAAGGAGCCUGAAGCUCCAGCACAGAUCCAGGGAGGACUGGGGGCCCAUGGUCUCAGCAAGCAGCGCCAGGAUGUUCCAGCUGCUCCCGGGUCACAUCCAGUCACCUGGACCCCGAAGCCACAAAACGCGCCUGGUCACCAAAGACGGGCAUUGCAACAUUGAAUUCGGCAACAUUGAAUAUAGCAACCACUUUGCAUACCUGAUGGACUUCUGGACCACCUUUGUGGAGAGCCGCUGGCGCUUCGUCCUGCUCCUGUUUGUGGCUGCGUUUACUGGCAGCUGGUUCAUUUUCAGCCUGCUGUGGUACUGGAUUGCAAAGAGCAAUGGGGAUCUGGCGGGCCAGAACCGCACGGAUGGACAUGUCCAGUGUGUGGACAACGUUAACGGCCUCACAACAGCCUUCUUGUACUCGUUAGAGACCCAGACCACCAUAGGGUAUGGAGGCAGGGCGCUGACGGGGCACUGUGCGGGCACAGUUGCCCUGAUCAUCAUCCAGUCUCUCAUCGGAGUCUUCAUCAACUGCUUCAUGUGCGGCGUCAUCCUGGCCAAGAUCUCACUACCCAAGAAAAGGGCGAAGACUGUGACCUUCAGCAACACAGCUGUCAUCUGCUUGAAAAAAGAAAAUCUGUGCCUCCUGAUCAGAGUAGCCAACCUCCGAAAGACCUUACUAAUCGGAAGUCAGAUCUACGGCAAGCUGCUGAAGACCACGACCACACCGGAUGGGGGGACCAUCAUCCUGGAUCAGGUGGACGUUGACUUCAUGGUUGAUGCUGGCAAAGAUAACUUGUUUUUUGUCUGUCCUCUGACCCUCUACCAUGUGAUAAACAAAUCGAGUCCGUUCUACGACCUCUCUGCCGACACUCUCCCCCAGCAGGACUUUGAGCUGGUGGUCUUUCUGGACGGGACGGCCGAGUCCACCAGUUCCUCCUGCCAGGUUCGAACCUCCUACAUCCCACAGGAGAUCCAGUGGGGCUACAGCUUCCUGCCCAUCAUCUCCUGCACCAAGACGGGAAAGUACCGCGUGGAUUUCUCAAACUUUUCCAAAAGUGUCUGUGUCACCACGCCGCAUUGCGUCCACUGCUUCGAGAUGGACAUCGACCAAAAAAAACACAACGAACACAACAAAGAGAAUCACAGCAACCAUCAGAAAGUGGGAAUCGACAACCCGGGGUUCCAAGUGAUCGAUAUGCACGACUCUGUGGAUGUCACAAAAAUGUAAACCGGGCAAAGACAAAGACGGACUUGUCAGGGUUCUUGUCAAUUCCUGGUCAGUGGGGGAGCAAAGCUUGGUGAAGCUGCUUCCUUCGUAGACGCUCGCCUUAAACAGCAGAAACACUGAAAACUGAUGACUGAACACAGAGGCCGGCGCAGGAGUUAGGUUGCUUAUUACAAUUAAACCCCUGUUGGGAUUGCUGUGAGAGUAACGAGUGGAAGACAGCCGAAGUUUGGCCAAACUGAGCACAAAAGGGGUAAAAUAGCAAAUGCCUCAGUGGGUACUUCUUGAGGAGAUUAGCGUUUGAGCCUGUUAUAAUGAACAACUGUCUGCUCUAUCGGCUGCGAGAGGAAAUAUGAAGUAGGACAGGUCUUUGGAGUUCGCUCUGAG